AUGAGUCCAGCGGAAAUUCCUGAGGAGGUCAUCAAUUGGGACACACUCAGUGAAAUCGUGUCCAUGGAUGAAGACAGUCCGGACUUCUCGAAAAGCCUCAUUAUUCAAUUUUUCGACCAGGCAGCCACAACGUUCGACCAGAUCCAACACGAACUGGACGGAAGAUGCCAGCUCGAGGAACUGGCCUCCCUGGGCCAUUUUCUGCGUGGAUCUUCGGCUGCCUUGGGAUUACAACGCAUUGCCUGGGCGUGCGAACGUAUACAGAACUUGGGACGCAAACGCGAGGGUGCAUCACAGGGCGAGAGCCCUGCGGAUACACACUAUGCCGAACUGAUAAGGGAAAACUUGGUGACCGCAAGACAAGAGUUUGUGAGGGCCAAAACGGAUCUUUCUGCGAUCUACAAGUGUGAGCUAUGA